AGAUGGCAGCACUGCCUCGCUUCCUGCGCCACGCCCCCUUUUUUCGCAGAUCGCCAUCUCGAAAAAUGGUGUCCGCUACCCUUGUCAGGACGAUCGUCACCAACUCGGCCCUCAGGGCGGGCGUGCAGAGCAGCGCCGCCACCGCCGGUGGUCACGGAGGUGGUUGGAAGGUCUGGAGGAACAUUUCCUUCUUCGUCGCAAUUCCCAGCGUGGCUCUGUGCAUGGUGAACGCUUAUCUGCGCAUCACCGAGCACCCUCACACUGCCCCCGAGUUCAAGCCCUACGAGCACCUGAGGAAGCGAGACAAGCGCUUCCCGUGGGGUGACGGCCAGAAGAGUCUGUUCCACAACCCUCACGUGAACGCCCUGCCCGGAGGCUAUGAGCACGACCACUAGAAAAAUGAUUUUUUCGUCAGAAUCAAUUUAGUUGUACAUAUAAAAUCAGCUCCUCCUGUUUCCUGGAUUGCAGUUAAAUAAACGAAAAUAAGUCUAAUUCCAUUUC